AGUGCCACUUUCCCUGAACAAAUCAACUGGAUUGCCGGAAAGGUGUUGAGAAAUCCAGUGAAUGUUAAAGUUGACGGUACUGAAAGCCAUGCUUCAAUUAAGCAAGCGUUUUAUCAUGUUGAUGAUCAUGACCAUAAACUUGAAGCGAUGCGUGCAUUAUUGCUAGCUCACCAGCCGGAGUCUUGCGUAGUAUUUUGUAAUACUAAACAAGGCACAUUUGAUGUCACUGAUUACCUAACUAGUUACGGUUUUUCGGCGGUGGUAUUAAAUGGUGAUUUAGAACAAAAACAAAGAGACCAAACUCUAGUUCGAUUCGCUAAUAAAAGCGUCUCUAUUUUAGUUGCAACAGAUGUUGCAGCCAGAGGUCUAGAUAUUGAUAAACUGGAUGCGGUCAUUAACUUCGACCUUGCUCAUGAUCCUGACACUCAUGUUCAUCGCGUAGGUCGUACAGGUAGAGCAGGCGCCCAAGGUAUAGCUUGUAGUUUAUAUCAAGCUAAAGAUAGCCAUAAGUUGGUUGAUAUCGAAGACUACCAAAAAAUAUCAAUUGAAGAGUCGAGUUUACCAGCCCUUAAACAAGACCAAGAAGCUUACCAGCCAACGAUGGCAACACUAAGAAUUGAUGGUGGUAAAAAGCAAAAAGUAAGACCUGGAGAUAUCCUAGGAGCGCUAACGGGCAAAGGCGGCAUAUCUGGUCAAGAAGUUGGAAAAAUUAAUGUCUUUGAUUAUUGCGCCUAUGUAGCCGUUGACAAAACAGUUGCUAAAGACGCUCUGCAUAAACUUGAAAAAGGCAAACUAAAAGGCAAAGUUUUUCGAGUUUGGCGAGUGCGUUAA